AUGACCAACCACUGGUCUCGCCUCCGUUCAAUGAGCAUCGCGAUCAAACGGGACAACCCCUAUGAGCAGGAUUCCGUCGUUCCGCUCUCCGGCAUGCUCCAGACCCUCAGCGCCCUGAGCACGCUCGCCGACCUCACGAUCACUCUCCAUCUGAAGUGUCCCCGGAUCUCCCUGUCCUCCGAAGAUAUCCAGGCAGCGGUCAGUGCGUGGCCCGCGCUCGAGAGCCUCCGGUUGUACACCAACCUGGAGCUGGCGCCCGUCACCUCGAACCUCCCCGAGGGGAGCGCGCGCGUCACGAUCGAUGCGCUGGCGCACUUCGCGCGGGGCUGCCUGGAGCUGAGGCCUGAGGACGCCACGGUGCUCUCCGCGAACGUGGACGAAGAAGACCUGACGAAGGGGACGACGUGUACGCAGCGCACGCUGAAGGAGCUGGUGCUAGGUGGUGUGGUAUCGAGCUGCCAGGACUGGCUUGCGGUGAGGGAGAGCGUGCUGCGGUACGCAUCGGAGUUGUUCCCUGUAGCCAACGUGUAUCUGGAUUCACACGCUCCACCUCUGGAGACACGGAAACAGCCCGCAAACGCACCGCAAACCGUCCGCGUCCUGCACGGCACCGCCGCGGCCGCGAACAAGAGCUCGCGUAGGCGGUCGGCCCCGUCCCUCUACCGCACUCGCCUCCUCUUCCCGUUCUCUGAGCACUCCGGCAUCCAUCGGCAGUAG